UUUUUUUUUUUUUUUUUUUCUGAGUAUCUGCACUUUUAUUAUUUUUAUUUUUGUUUCCAUAAUCAUCAUCAUCGUGUGGAUCUCUGCAUAAAAUUGUUCAGAUCUAGGGUUCGUGCUGAAUUCACAUUCCAAUUCACACGUUUUGGAUCCAAACGCAUUCAAAUAUCGAAACCUCGAUUCAUUUUUGAUGAACAUGGAGGAUGCAGUAGUUAACGAUGCGGCGUCGUUGGAUGUUGAAUUGUUGCAGCUUCCAGAAGUCUCUUCUUUGGCUCUCAAGCCUCACGCCACCUUCGUUCAGACACUUUUCGAUCACUGGCUUUCGCUUCCCGAAACUAAUCGUUUGGUAACAUCAUUGCUAAAUGAUGCAAAGUCUGGUGUUCCGUUGAAUGUCCCGGGGAAUUGCUCAAGUCCAAAUGCUCUGAGCAAUUCUUUGCCUUCUAUGUUUCCUGCUGGCACUGCACCACCUCUUUCACCUAGAAGUUCAUCUGGUUCUCCUCGCAUAGUGAAACAUAGAGUUGGCCCUUCUAAUUUGGGUUCUCCUUUAAAAGUUGUUAGCGAGCCGGUUAAAGAACUUAUACCUCAGUUCUACUUUCAGAAUGGACCUCCUCCUCCCAAUGAACUGAAAGAACAAUGCUUGCUUAGAGUUGACCAGUUAUUCCCUGAUCACUUGCAUGGUCUGCAGAUACAUGAAUUUAAGUCAGUUACCAAGGAAGUAUGCAAGCUGCCAUCUUUUCUUUCCACAUCUCUUUACAGAAAGAUUGAAAAUGGAGCUGGUAUUGUGACAAGGAAAGCAUUUAUUGAUUAUUGGAUUAAUGGAAACAUGUUGACGAGGGAUAUAGCGACCCAAAUAUACACAAUUUUAAAGCAACCACAACUCAAUUACCUAACUCAGGAUGAUUUUAAACCUAUACUACGUGAGCUUUUGGCAACUCAUCCCGGGCUGGAGUUCCUGCAAAGCACACCUGAGUUUCAAGAGAGAUAUGCUGAAACCGUGAUAUAUAGAAUAUAUUACUACAUCAAUAGAUCAGGAAAUGGUCGUCUUACCCUGAGGGAGCUGAAGCGUGGAAAUAUUAUUGAUGCAAUGCAGCAUGCCGAUGAAGAAGAAGACAUCAACAAGGUUUUGAGAUACUUCUCUUAUGAGCACUUUUAUGUUAUAUACUGCAAGUUUUGGGAGCUGGAUACAGAUCAUGAUUUCUUGAUAGACAAAGAGAAUCUUAUCAGAUAUGGAAACCAUGCACUUACCUAUCGAAUUGUUGAUAGAAUAUUUUCUCAGGUUCCAAGAAAGUUUACUAGUAAAGUUGAGGGAAAGAUGGGAUAUGAAGAUUUUGUUUAUUUCAUACUAUCAGAAGAGGAUAAAUCAUCUGACCCAAGUCUUGAGUAUUGGUUUAAGUGUGUUGAUUUGGAUGGGAACGGAGUCCUAACACGGAAUGAACUGCAAUUUUUUUAUGAGGAGCAACUGCAUCGAAUGGAGUGCAUGGCUCAAGAACCUGUGCUCUUUGAGGAUAUAUUGUGCCAGAUAAUUGACAUGAUUAGAUCCGAGAACGAAAGUUAUAUCACUCUGCGUGACCUGAAAGGUGGUAAACUCUCGGGAAGUGUUUUCAAUAUCCUGUUCAAUCUAAACAAGUUCAUGGCCUUUGAAACUCGUGACCCAUUUUUGAUUCGCCAGGAGCGCGAGAACCCUACAUUGACAGAGUGGGAUCGCUUUGCUCACAGAGAAUAUAUUAGGCUUUCAAUGGAAGAAGAUGUAGAGGAUGUUUCUAAUGGAAGUGCAGAAGUUUGGGAUGAAUCUCUAGAGGCUCCCUUUUGACAUCUUCUAUCAUUGUACAUCAAUACAGUUUAUGAAAAGAUAUCAACGCCCUAGAUCGGAUGGCUGCAGAGAGUAUAGAGUCGGGUCAGCUUUGCGUCCCAACUUGGUCCCUGCAAAAGUGGGAAAUUCCAAUCUUUACAAUGGAAUGCAUUUUGGAUGGGUGCAGCGGCAGCAAAGAUAUCCAGAUCUGCUGGUAGUGUCAGACAUUGGGAAUUUACCAUGGAAGUUUUGUUGUUCGUACCAAUUGUCCAUGUAAAUUGAGGACAUUUUAUUAGAGGCGAUUAAGCCCCCAAAUAGAAUUAAAUUAAAUUGACAUUAUUGGGUAUUCUUGUCAUAAGUAACGAUAAAUUUAGAUGGUCUAGUCCCUUAGCCUAUGAUCAGUUUACUUUACUUGUAGAUUAUAUUUCCAAUUUUUUCUGUUGUCUACUAUGUCAAAAUUUGAUGAAUUCGCUUUUCGUUUUAGCCUUUUAGGCCAAUCAAAGAGUUUAAUAGUGUAAUGCUGCAAAAA